AUGGGAACUCCGGAGUCAUCACGAGAGCCUUGCCCUGACCGUAUCCUUGAUGACAUCGGUGGUGCGUUUGGCAUGGGAGCUGUAGGAGGAUCCGCCUUUCAUUUCCUUAAAGGCACAUACAAUUCCCCAAAAGGCAGUCGUUUCGUCGGAGGGAGACAAGCGGUGACCAUGAACGCUCCUCGUCUCGGAGGCAGUUUUGCCGUCUGGGGAGGUCUCUUCUCGACAUUCGACUGCACCAUGGUGUACUUUAGGCAGAAGGAGGAUCCAUGGAACUCCAUCAUCGCAGGCGCUGCGACCGGAGGGUUUCUGUCGAUGCGGCAGGGGCCUAGCGCAGCGGCGAGAGCGGCCAUGUUUGGAGGAUGUUUGCUUGCUUUGAUUGAAGGAGCUGGUAUAGCGUUGAACAAGAUGCUUGCUCAGCCUCAGAAUAUGCAAAUGGAGGAGCAGAUGCCUGGAAUGCCUCCCGGGAUGCAGGGGAUUCCUGGAAUGCAGAUGGGGCAGAUGCAGAGUCAAGAUCAGGCGAUGCAGAGUCAAGGACAGAAGAUGAUGCCGGAGAAUACUGCUUCAUCAUCAUCAUCAUCAUCAGUAUCAUCAUGGGUGGGAAGUCUUUUUGGGAAGAAGGAGGAUGAGGUGCAAACGAGCAGCGGAAGCGAAACGAAGGUAUUAGAGAGUUUCGAUGCGCCUCCGGUGCCUUCAUUUGAGUACAAGUAA